UCUUGUUCGGCGACACUUCUGUUGCUGAUUCGUGAUUCAAGGUCCUGCAAACUUUUCAUCAGGAUAUUGUAGAAAAAAAUCUCUUUCCCGUCGCAAAACCGUACUGCUAACAGCCAGAACAAUGGCUCUGCCAUUCAACACGAAAGCCCUCACCAACCGAUUGUUCCUGCGCAAGUGUUGCACCAUUUGGCGACCUUACGUCAGCAGCAGCAGCUCAAAUGAGGGCGGCCGUGCCAGCAUUCCGGACGGUCCAACCGUAAAUAUACCUUCCAAGGAAGUUGUAACUCCAAUGCCACCGCUUUCGCAACCGGUUCCAGAUCUGGCCCCAGUGCAGUAUGCCCGGCCCGGAGAUCAGAGCAACGUUACGCAGGUCACGCAGCUGUCGAAUGGCUUACGGGUCGCCUCGGAGAACCGUUUCGGACAGUUUUGCACGGUCGGAGUGGUGAUCGAUUCCGGGCCACGCUAUGAGCUUCCCUAUCCCAGCGGGGUGUCGCACUUCCUGGAGAAGUUGGCCUUCCAGUCGACGCAAUCGUUUGGCGAAAAGGAUAUCAUUUUUAAGGAACUCGAAAAGCACGGUGGCAUUUGCGAUUGCCAGAGCUCGAGGGACACGUUCGUGUACGCGGCCAGCGCCGACAGCCGUGGGUUGGAAUCGGUUUCGCAAAUCUUGGCCGAUGUGGUACUGCGACCGAGACUGGCUGCCGAGGAGAUUGAGUUGGCUCGGCAAGCGGUUAAGUUUGAGCUGGAAACGCUGGGGAUGCGUCCCGAGCAGGAACCGAUUUUGAUGGACAUGAUUCACGCAGCGGCAUUUAGAGAUAAUACUUUAGGACUUCCGAAGCUGUGCCCACCGGAGAAUGCGGAUAAAAUUGAUAGGGACAUGUUGUUGAACUAUUUGAGACAUCAUCACACUCCGGAGCGGAUGGUGCUGGCUGGAGUCGGCGUGCCGCAUGACGAUUUGGUGCGUUUGGCAGAGAAGUUCUUCGCUGAAGGAUCUGCAACAUGGGAAACGGAAAAGGUUGCUGCCAAGGAGCCAUCCGGCGUGGACAGUUCGAUUGCACAGUACACCGGUGGGGCAAAGUUGGAAGAAUGUGCCAUUCCUGUCUAUGCGGCGGUUGGUCUUCCGGAGUUGGCUCACGUUGUGAUUGGUCUCAAGGGAUGCUCUCAUCAGGAUAAAGAUUUCAUAGCCGCUUGCGUACUGAACAUUAUGAUGGGUGGCGGAGGCUCGUUCUCCGCUGGAGGUCCAGGGAAAGGAAUGUACACUCGGCUCUACACGAACGUGCUCAAUCGUUACCAUUGGAUGUACAGUGCCACUGCUUACAAUCACGCUUACGGUGACUCCGGUCUGUUCUGCAUUCAUGCCACAGCACCACCCACCCACGUCCGGAGCCUUGUGGAGGUCAUUACCAGAGAACUGUACACAAUGCAAGCCAAGCCAGGCGACCAGGAACUGCGACGCGCCAAAACACAGCUGCAGAGUAUGCUGCUGAUGAACCUGGAAGCGCGACCGGUUGUGUUCGAAGACAUCGGACGGCAAGUUCUGGCCACCGGCGAACGAAGACGCCCGGAGCAUUUCAUUCAAGAAAUUGAAAAAAUAACCGCCGAGGAUAUUCAGAAUGUCGCCCGGAGAUUCCUGUCGUCGCCGCCGGCUCUGGCUGCUCGGGGCGAGAUCAAGGGCAUUCCCGAUGUAAAGGACAUCCAGACGGCUUUGGGCGGCGAAGGACGACUGCCCGGUAAUCGGCGGUUGUCGUUGUUUAGGUAAGCGAAAAAAAAAUGCUACAUGUUUGGCGGCGUGGGCGCCUUCGUCAGCUCGUCAGCGGCGGCUGCAGGCUGUAUCUCAGCGCGAGACAAGUGUUAUUGAAACUGUGAGUAACUACGUUAGAUUUAGAUAUGAUUGUCGCUUUAUUUGCCUGCGGGAACUGAUUCAAGUUUAUUUUAAAU